CCGUUGAAAGCGCGCACGUGCUCGUGCUCAAGUGCGUGAUUUGAAAUUUCGGGGGAAACGGUCGGUAUCUGAUUACAGUUAUGACAUCAUCCAAGUCUUUCGCGCGCGGUUGCCAGGGGUUACAGCCUGACAUUUCAUUCGCUAUAAACAAACCGACAGGAAGCCAAACUGUGAAGAACAGCGUGAUUUUUUUUGGUUUUCUUUCAUUUAGGAAUCAGUUCCUCACUUUCAGGAGAUUAUAAUCAGUGCUAAAAGUCUGAAAGAUUUCUCACCAUCAUCAUGGCGAAUUCAGAUUUAGGCCCAGCAGAACAACAAGCAUCGGCCUCUGCAGAUCCUUACGAGAGGGCGGUGGAAUACCUGGAGAGACAUAACAUUCUGCAGGUGUUUCAGGAAAUCACAGAGAGCCUGGUUUAUGACAGACCUGAUGACCCCCUGCGGUUUAUGUUAGAGCAGUUGCAGAAGAUGAUCCAAGCCCGUGAUGAGACGAACGAAGCUGUGAAAGAUGAAUAGUUUUCUCAGAAAUGGGACUGUGCAGCAGACAAUGAUACCACAUAUUUGUACGCUGGUGUUAUUUCCUGGAAUGCACUCAUAAUUGCAGCUCCUCACAUCACAUUAUCUCUAGCCGCUUUAUCCUUCUACAGGGUCGCAGGCAAGCUGGAGCCUAUCCCAGCUGACUACGGGCGAAAGGCGGGGUACACC